UGCUCUCGCGUCCCUCGGACGUCUCAAAUCCGUUUCUCCAACUGCACGAAGACGUUCCCCAAAACAACUGCAAGCAGUAACUGGCAGGAGGAUUGUAAACUAAAAAAUAAAUAAAUAAAUAAAUAAUAAAGAUCACACCACGCUCGAACCCAGAAACUAUGAGUGGCCGUCCGGCGUGUUGUCCAGCUGCUGUGGCGCUCUGGCGGAUGGGAAGUUGUGAGUCAAAGCCGGAGGACCAGCAACUUUUAUAGACUUUCAAGUCCACCGCCUGCAAGGAGCCAGCAGCACCAGUUUAGACUACUUUUAAGCACGGAUUGUGCGUCUGGAGAGCUUUGAAAUUAGAAAAGUGUUUUUAGGUAAUGUGUUGUCCAGGACGUCUUGAAGCGACACGGAGAUGGCAUUUCUGGUUUUUGUGGUUGACAAUGGAGAAUAAAUGAAAGGGAAGCUUCAGGGGAUUAAUUAACAGCACAACGACAGAAUGCGGGAGAGGGACCUACAGAGCAUGUGCAGAAGGGCGCUGCUGCUGACCGUCUGUAUGGUGUCUCUCUGGGGACAACUGACCAGCGCAUCGUCACACAGAAGCCACAUAGUUCAUGUGAAAGCGGGAACCUGUGAGGUAAUUGCUGCACACCGCUGCUGCAACAAGAACAAGAUCGAAGAGAGAUCCCAGACUGUCAAAUGCUCCUGCUUCCCUGGACAGGUGGCGGGAACAACAAGAGCUGCUCCAUCUUGUGUAGACGCAUCCAUAGUUGCACAGAAGUGGUGGUGCCAGAUGCAUCCCUGCAUGGAUGGGGAAGAGUGUAAAGUGCUGCCAGAUCUCAAAGGAUGGAGCUGCAGUACAGGAAACAAAGUUAAGACAACCAAGGUCACACGAUAGUUGUCUGUUUCCAGGAUAACCUUGUUUGGAACCAGAUGUGUCUUUGAGCAGCACCAUAGGACAUUUGGAUAUCAUGUGUUUUGAGGCUUGGUGAAAACCUCGGACCAACAAGAACAAUAUUCACGGACAUUCCACCGAACAAAUGGAAGAAAAGGACCAGGGAACAUCAUAUAAGACUUCAUAUAAAAUAAACAAAAAAUUCUUGACUUUAGAUUCAAAAUCAUCAGUAGCUGUCUUUGAACUCUACUGCCCACCAAAACUCUCUUUGUAUCAUAGUUUUAUUCCUAUGGACUAGAGGACUCAACCAUGAAGUUAUUUAUUGACUAAAAGACUGUGGACUACACCAGAAAAAAAUUUCACUCCUAAAACAAAACCAUGUGAUGUGAAACUUUUGUGUUAUUUUCUUGCCACAAGACUCUCGAUGCAUAUCUGUGUUGAAGAUCUAGUGAGAUCAUAAGCAUUUUCAUUCCUUUUAGCCUUAUACAGCAGAUAUCUGUUCAAUUUCAUUUUUGCUGAUUUGAAACUUCUAAGUGUUUGGCUUUCUUGAGUUUGUUGGGAUGUCAAGUCUUCUUUUUGAAAGACAAAAGACAAUGCCAAAACCCGGUAAAAAUGUAUUGAUGUUUGACUGCAAGUCACCAAGGGUCAACACAGCUGAGUUUUGCCAAAAUGUUUUAAUGGUAUCUGUUGUUUUCAAAGCCUGGUGACUAUUAUUGAUUACAAAUGUGGAUAUUAUCUCAAUAAAUCUAACUCAAUGAUAUC